AUGGCUAACGUUUCAGGUAAAAUUGGUAACUCUAGUGCUGCUGCGCAAUUUGCUGCUAGUUCUGACAAAGAUUUUGUCAUUGAUCCCAGCAAGCCCUAUGCUGAACUUUGGAUGGGAACUCAUCCGAGUGUCCCCAGCAAGAACGUCAACACAGGAGAAACUUUGCGUGAAAUUGUUACCAAAGAUGAGUCUUUGCUCCACGACGAAGUCGUUGGUAAGUUUGGCAAGGGAGAGUUACCUUUCCUUUUCAAGGUCCUUUCUAUCAACAAGGCACUCAGUAUCCAGGCCCAUCCUGAUAAAGAGUUGGGUGCCAUUCUACACAAGAAGGACCCAAAGAAUUACCCAGACCCCAACCACAAACCUGAAAUGGCAAUCGCUGUUACUGAGUUCGAAGGAUUCUGUGGAUUUAAGCCUCUGGAGCAAAUCGUGGCUGUACUGGACACCGUCCCCGAGUUUGUUGAAUUGAUAGGUGCCGAUACAGCUGAACAAUUCAAGAAGACCGUUACAGGCAAUGAACACGCUGCUGCGGAUUCUGCACAAGAUAAGAAAAACAAGGAGGCUCUCCAACAAUUGUUUGGUCGCUUGAUGAGAUCUAGUGACGAUAAAGUUACUGAUGUUGCUAAAAGACUUAUCGAGAGAGCUCAAAGAGAACCUCUUGGGUUUGGCGGUUCUUCUAGUGACUCUGAACUGGCAAAUUUGCUUAUUCGUCUUAAUGGACAGUUUCCUAACGAUAUUGGCUUGUUUUGCGGUGGUCUUCUACUCAACUACGUCAAGCUUAGCCCUGGCGAGGCCAUGUUUUUGAGAGCUAAGGAUCCUCAUGCCUAUAUCUCAGGAGAUAUUAUUGAGUGUAUGGCUGCCAGUGAUAAUGUUGUACGUGCCGGGUUCACUCCUAAGUUCAAGGAUGUGGAGACCUUAGUAUCUAUGUUAACUUAUUCCUAUGCUCCUGUUAUUGAACAGAAGAUGGAACCUUUGCCCUUCCCUCGCGCAUCAGGUGACAAUACUGAAUUCACUCUGUACAACCCCCCUAUUGAUGAGUUUGCUGUUUUACAGGCCAAGAUUCAACCCGGUGCUACUGGAAAAAUAAGUGCUAUUGAUGGCCCUAGUAUUAUUGUCUCUACCAGCGGCAAGGGAACCAUUUCGGGCGACAAUGUUUCGCUUGACUUCAACACCGGUAACGUGUUCUUUAUUGGAGCUGGAGUCGACGUAGAACUCAAAGCUACUGACGGGGAGUUUACUUCCUAUCGUGCCUUUGCCGAAGUUGAGUAG